AUGUCUGAUUACGAGGAAGCCUUUAACGAUGGGCCUGAACACUUCGAGGAUUUUGAAAACGAACAUUUUUCUGAUGCUGAUGUUUAUGAAGAGCCAGAGUUCCGUGAUGGCGAGACCAAGGAUGAGAACGGUAAGACGAUAAUUGCAGGAGGAACUGGUCCCGAGGAAUUUCAACAACAGGAGUACCAGAGAAGAAGAACUCUGAGAGAAAAGGCCAUUCCAAAGGACGAGAGAACUACUACUCCAUACAUGACCAAGUAUGAGAGGGCAAGAAUUCUAGGUACAAGAGCCCUUCAGAUCUCCAUGAACGCUCCAGUUUUUGUCGAUUUAGAGGGUGAAACGGAUCCUUUAAGAAUUGCCAUGAAAGAGUUGGCUGAAAAAAAGAUUCCACUUGUCAUAAGAAGAUACUUACCAGACGGCUCAUUCGAGGAUUGGAGUGUCGAAGAAUUGAUUGUCGACCUUUGA